UGCAGGCGCUUGCAGACAGCAGUGAGAGGCUCCGGAGCACGGACGGCUUGCGGACGCUUGUGAGGUUCGGGCUCAUGGACUGAGCUCCAGCAGUAUGACACAACAACCCAACGGGGCCGUCAGCAAUGGCAUCCGGCAGCCGAGCAAGGGCCAGAAAGAGGUCAAGAUUGUCAUAGUGGGAGAUGGAGGCUGCGGGAAAACGUCUCUGCUCAUGGUCUAUGCCAAGGGCUCCUUUCCUGAGCAAUAUGCACCGUCGGUCUUUGAAAAAUAUACCACAAGCAUUAAAAUUGGAAACAAGGAAGUCUGUCUGCACUUGUACGACACAGCAGGACAGGAAGAUUAUGACAGACUACGCCCUCUUUCUUAUCAAGAUGUAAAUUUGGUUUUAAUCUGUUUUGAUGUUACAAGCCCCACAAGUUUUGACAAUGUUUUAAUAAAGUGGUAUCCUGAAGUGCAUCACUUUUGUCGAGGCGCGCCCAUUGUGCUGAUUGGAUGCAAGACAGAUCUGCGUAUGGACAAAGAGCGACUGCGCAAGCUAAAAACAGCCCAGCAGGAACCAGUCACAUACUUCCAGGGUGAAGCAACAUGUAAAAGUAUACAAGCUGAAGAGUACCUUGAAUGUUCGGCAAAGUUUCAAGAGAAUGUAGAUAAUGUUUUUAGAGAAGCCACGCUGAUUGCUCUUAACGGUAUAAAAAAGGAGCAGAGAAUGAAGAGAAAAAAACGGAGUUGCCUGCUUCUCUAAGGCUUUGUUUCAAGGAGAACUUCUCAUGACUUACUGUCUGCCAUCAGGACACUUCCUUGGAUGACACUUUAUAAUGGACCUGGACUGUUUUAUUGUAAAUAGAUUCCAUUUUACUGGUACUAUGGGUAAUUCCAAAUUUUAAUGUUUGUUGGGGGGAAAUGACUGCACAAAGUGAGAACACUGUCAAUCCUCUCUAUUUAACUUGCAUCCUGAUGGGCAAGGGAAAAAAAGGGCCAGUUCUCCAGCAAUACUGCCAUUAUACAUUAGUUCUUCGUCAGUUCUGUCCUAGGGCUCACCUUAGGACACCUGUGUUCUGGUGUACCACAAAUUCUAGAAAAAUAUGACUUGCAUUAAUGAACGCUUCAGCACUUUUAGAUCUGAGGAUGUGGCGUCAAUGUGGGAUAGUCCUGUACAUGUAUAUAAUAAUUUGGAUGCCUGAAUACAGCAAAUCCUGUUAUAUAUUAUUGCUAUUUGAAUCAGGAGGCCAGUGCAGAACUACCAUUAGCCAUUAAAAGAUAUGUCACCAGCCACCUCCCAAUCAAAUUGUUUGCAUAGACACCUAGCUGUGGUUCACCUGAUUUAAAUUGCAUUUUUUUUUUUUCUCUUCUUGUUCUUGAGUUAUACCUUUUUUCUAAAUAUGCAACAUAGACAGCUUGCGGAACAACGAGGGCUCUCGGUGCACCCAAGCUUUGCUCAUUUCUUUGGUAAGCCCAUCCCUUACUGCUUUGAUUGACAAGGACAGGCAGUAGCAAAGCAGUGAGGGAACAAAGGCUAUAUACUCUCUUUGCACCAAACGCUUAAUUUGCAUAUUAGGACAAAUCCUCAUACCAUGGGAGCCUUGUCUCAACAAAAGAAAAACCUCUAAUCAGGGGACCUACAGCUAGGUCUCUAUGCAAACAGUUGGAUAGGGAGGUCCCUGGUGACAGAUUCCCUUUAAACUGUUUAAAUUAUCAACCACUUGGUAAUUGGUCUUCUAUAUAAAUGUUGCAUAAAGCUUGGGCACACAGGGCAUCCCAAUCAUUGUCUGUCUGGUUACUGUUGUGGCAUGGUCCGAGAACUGGUACGCAUAAUCU